AUGGCGCCUUCAGCAACUCUUACCGAAGAAAGAGACAAUGUACUGUUUCCCCGUGGGGGAUGGGAUACUCAUCAUCAUAUCUUUGAUCCCGAGACUUUCCCUUACAGUCCGAAUAGGCACCUUACUCCGCCGCCAGCUACCAUUGCCGCCUUCAACAAGUUCAAGAAAGAUAUGGGAAUAACACGAUCUGUUCUCACACAUGGCUUGUCGUACGGAGACGACUGCACUUCGUUGAAGGCAUUCGUGCCUCAGCUUGGACCGCAAAAGACCCGAGCAAUUGGCGUCAUCGAUCCGGAAACUACAACCGACGAAGAACUACGCGCAAUGCACGACGCUGGCGUUCGUGGGGUGCGUGUCAACCUGUACCGAUACAAGGCAAUGGAAGACGUUGAGCUGCAAAAGGUAGCUCUUCGUGCCCACAUCGAAAGAAUAACCGCCCUUGGUUUGCCGUGGAGUGUGACAAUGACCACAACGAGGACGGACUUCUGGGUCGAGCUGGAGCCUUUCGUCAGGGACUUCGUUGUCAAGAAGGGUGUGAAGUUGAUCACGGAUCAUUUUGCGCUGUUGAAGGCGCCGAGCCUACUGCCUGCAGAGUACCGCGAUGAUCCAACGAAACAACCUGGGUUUGCCGCAAUCAUGGGACUGGUCCGAGAUGGCCACCUGUGGGUUAAACUGAGUGCUCCAUAUCGAAUCAGCGACGAAAGUCCUGGAUACGAUGAUGUGAAGCCUUUGGUUCGCGCGUACGUAGACACGAACAAGCAUCGCGUUCUUUGGGGCAGCGACUGGCCGCACACACCCCGGAUGAAGGUGCGGACGAAAGAGGCAGCGUUGAAGGAAACGCCAUACCUGGAAGUAGAUGAUGCUGCAUGGCUGCGGAGUCUCAAGGGAUGGUUAUCGGAUGAGGAAUGGGAUUUGUUGAUGUUGCAAAACCCAGGCAACUUGUUUGGUCACUAG